UUUAAUUUGCUGAGUUUUAUAUUAGUAUUCAGAAGAUAGCUGCACGUGUUAGAGUGACUUCCCUUUAAAUUUAACUGUUUAUGCUUCAGAAGUAAAAAUCAGAAUAGUUGUCCAUGGCAUUUGACUCUAGCUUGACUUAUUGAUUCUCUCUACGGAUAAUGCAUGGAUAAGGUUUCAGCUCUACACAGGGCCAUCUCGGUUGGUCGUCUUGACGAAGUUAGGAAUCUCGUGGAGUCUGGGGCCAAUGUCAACAUCGUGCACGGGAUGCAAGGGACAGCACUCUGCAAUGCUCUCUAUUCCCAGCAUGAUGAGAUUGUUCGCUAUCUGAUCGAAUCUGGUUGUGAUGUAAACAUUCCUGACUAUGUGGGCGAGCCACCUCUGAUUCUUGCUUUACGUAAGGGUCGGAUUCAAGCAGCGAAAUGGCUAAUAGAUUCUCCAAACUGUGAUAUCAACACUUGCGAUGCAGGCACUAAACAACCAGCCAUUUGUUUCGCAGCUGAAAAUGGUAUGAACGACAUUGUUAAACAUCUUAUUACGAAGCAAACAUGCAAAAUGGACUCGGUCGAUGGAAACGGGAAUUCUGCCUUACAUCUGGCCAUUCUUAAGAAAGACACCACCAUUAUCAAAACACUCAGCAGGGUGCAUGGAUUAAAAUCUGUGUACAAUAACGCAGGACUCCUGCCAGUACACAUGGUCUCCAAAACUGGAGACGUUGAAAUGUUAAAGAUUCUAUAUGAUGACAAUUCUAAAUGUGGAGUCAACUUUGCUGGAUGGGUUUCCAAGGAUUUGAAUUCAGGUACCAGCUUCACAAACGACACUCCGCUGAUACUGGCGGCAGAAAUGGGACACACGGAAAUGGUCAGCUUUCUGAUAGAGCAAGGCGUCGACAUCAACGCAAGAAACAAUCGGAAUCAGACAGCAUUGUUGGUGACAUCGGGCGUCAACGACUUGGUCACUGCAUCAGUCCUCCUCACCGCCGGUGCUAAUCCCAAUCUGAGUGGGAUGCUAACCACUUGUCUCGCUAGAUCUGCCAUUGGUGUCAUCCUGCGCGAUCAGCGCUUGACUCCACUGGCUGCAGCGGCCAUAUUUGAUAGUCUCGAAGUCGCAGAGGCUUUGGUGGUGAGUGGUGCAGACAUUCAGGUGCGGGACGAUCGAGGCCAGACUCCACUGUUUAAAGCUCUUCAGCACGAUUCAAGUAAAGUAGCCUGGUUCUUGCUCAACGAGAUCGCCGAGAGGAAUUUAGACAUCUCCGGCUUCGAUUCUCCCGCAGAGUCGCUUCUACACGCUGUCAUCAUGUGCACAAAACAAGCCUACGACCUUGCACGAUACUUAAUUCAACACGGCUGCUCCAUGACUGUCUGCGACCGCCUGGCCAACCUGCCUAUACAGUCAGCCGUGGCCUACGAGAAUGCUGACGUCGUGGAAGCCAUACUGGAGGAAGGCGGAGACCCGUGGGUUUCGGACUGUAGUGGCUCCACACCUCUACACAUGUCAGCCAUGGUCGGAAACACCAAGAUAGCCAGGCUGCUCCUGGCUCAUGGCGCCGACAUAGACAGUCUCUCGGAUGAGGGGACGGUUGUGUACACGGCUCUUGACGCCGAUAUGGUAGAGUUUGCUAAAUAUCUCGUCUGUGUCGGGUGUUCGUUGUCUAGAGAGUGGUAUUUGUUUGAGGAGCAUCGUCCCAGUGAUGAGGAUCUGGAGUGUCCCGGGGUGCUGCAGGAUUGCAAAGAAAUCUUUGCUUGGUUCAAAGACAAGGCCAGUAACGCCCCGUCUCUUCAGAUGUUGUGUGUUAAAACCCUUAGAAGGAUAUUCGGAGAUAAAAACAAGUCAUUUGCUGACAUCAGUAACUUGCCAUUGCCUUCCAAAAUGAUUGAUAUGGUGUGCUAUAAAGAAGUGGAAAUAUAAAAAAAAGGAUUCUACACAAUUAUAUUUUUUGACUAAUAUAUGAACUAUAAUAAUGUGAAUUGGUUUGUUGUUGUUCUUUUUGCUAAAACUAUGUUGUUUUAUGUUGUUAUAUUUCGGGUGAAACUAUAUUACUAUGGCUUAUGUUAGCCUAGCAGUGUUAUGUUUAAAGAUUUUAUGGCAAAAUCUUUUGGUUUUUUCUAAUAAAUAUUUUUGAUAGCUCA